GCUGAAAAAUCCCAACCGAGCAGAAAAUAAUAAUAUCUCUCUAAAGUGGAUACCCUAUAAAAGAAUCAUAGAUUUACACAAAUUCAAUCACAGAAAACAGAGUUUGCAAGAACUAGCUCACUGCAUCAAACCAAGAAUACUACACAUUUACCAUGGCACAAAGAAUCAGUUCUCCUUUUACCGUUGGUUUUAUUUUCAUCGCCAUCGUUCUUCUGAGCUUUUUUUCUGAGACGGGAUCAGCACAAACGUUUGCUAAAACUUGCCAGAACAACGGAGGGAUUGUUAAGGGUGUCAAAGCAGCUGAAAAUUGCGAUGUAUGUAGAGGAGAAUGUGGCAAACAAUGUCCUGAGGGAUAUUUCCUAUUAGAAAGUAGGUUUUGCAUUACAACUCCAUGUCCGCAACCAAAUCCUGUGCUGAAAAAUGGCGUUUGUACUGUUCGAAGUCCCUAUACUACUUCUGUCACAUGCUCUUGCUGUUGUGUUAAUGAAUAUAUCACGGAGUAGUAGUCGUACUCAUGUAUUACAUCUCUUCAUAAAGUGAUCUCAGAUCUUAUAUGUAUCAUACGUUCGGAAUAAAUAAAACAACGUUGUGUUUACGAUUUGCUAUUAAAA